GAGGUGUGGUCAUUCAGUCAGUGGGAGAAGUUGCUGCCUCUGUUGUGGAGUUUGAACUGCGAUACAAAGUUCGUCCAACACACAGGUCAAAAUGAAGAGUCUUGUUGGAUGUUGUUGGCUCAUCGUGGCAUUUCUCUUGAGCUGCACAGAACAGGCUGGGAGAAAGCAGACAUCAGUUUCUCCUCAAGGAGCAGACUGCACACAGAUUAAGGCUCUCUCACCACAAGCAUCCAGUGGGGUUUAUAUGAUCCAGCCUCCAGGUGUCAAGACCCCGUUCAAGGUCUACUGUGAGAUGCGAGCAGAUGGAGGCUGGACGGUGUUUCAGAGGCGCAGCGGAGGAGCGGUUUCCUUCAUCAGGACGUGGGCGGCAUACAAAAAUGGUUUUGGAAACCUAAAACAGGACCACUGGCUCGGUCUGAAGAAAGUUUUGUCUGUGACCAAGAACAGGACCAAAAAGUGGACCCUCAGGGUGGACUUGUGGGACCACGAUGGCGGCACGGCUUACGCCAAAUACAAAAACUUUAAACUGGGAAAUGAGAAAACAGCUUUCAAACUGCAUGUUGGGGAAUACAGUGGAAACGCAGGUGACGCCAUCCGUGGUGCCUACCCAGGCAUUGACCAGAACGGCUACGGCUUCAGCACUAUUGACCGUGACAACGACGGCUGCUCCCCAUGCAUCUUCGGUGACAUUGCUCAAAGUGAAUGUUCCUCUUCAGAGGGCGGGGGUUGGUGGUACAGUCGCUGUGGUUCUGCCAGUCUAAAUGGGGACUGGCAUCCUGCUGGCGACCACAUCGGUUGGGCAUCUGGUCUUUACUGGCAUACCUGGAAAACUCCUGAGCCUUACUCAGUCAAGGCCAGCAGAAUGAUGAUCAAGUCUGAGUGAGGGGAGCCCACCCAUGUUUAACUUCAUGUUGGCAAAUAUUAUAUUUUAACACACAGUCCAAAAGGGGGCUCCAACAUUCUAUAUUAUGUGCAAUACUGCUUUCUUUUAGACAGUGGUUGUCCAGUUUAUUGCAUAUGUCUGGACCAUUUCUGCUUUAUCAUUAAACGGUUCUGGUUGCAGAACCUGCCUGUCAAAUGCAGUUCACAGCAAGUUCAUCAUCAACUAAUGUUACACACACAUAAAAAAAUGUCUUUGUUUCUGUUGUUCCCUGCACCAUAAAAGUUCAGAUCUCUUAAGUGAGAUUUUCACAAUUAAUUAAAGGAAGAUAUUAUUAUAUAAAGGCUAUUAUUAGAAAUUCCACUUGCGGCACACACACACACACACACACACACACACA